AUGCGCUGUGACAGUUGCAUUGCUCUAUUGUUAAUAUUGCAUUCAAUCAACGGUACGUUCUCUUAUUCAGCAGCUUUAUCAUCCUCAUGUGUCAUUGUCAGCGGUAGUGAUCGACCGAAGUUCUGCAGAAAAUCUUGCACGCGUGACGAGCAGUGCAAAAAGGCAAACAAACGUUGCCUAUGCGAUGGACCGUGUGGACUAUCGUGUGUUAAUCCAUGGUAUGUUGUUACAGCACGAAGCUGUACUGAUCCAGGCAACAUCCUUAACGGUUAUCGCAAUGGAGAACUCUUCUAUUAUCCACAUUCGAUCGAACUGAGUUGUUCACCAGGAUAUCAAUUAAUUGGUGCAUCUACUUUGCAAUGCCUUAGUAAUGGACAAUGGAGUGAUGCUAUGCCACACUGCAAACCCGCAGAAUGUCCACGACCGUCAGAUCCAGUUCAUGGUAAAGUAUUGGGUAGUUCACUGACGUAUCAGUCGCGCGUUACUUAUUCAUGUAAAGAGGGAUACCGUCUUGUUGGUCAAUUGCAACGAAUCUGUUUAGCUGAGGGUAGAUGGGCUGGCAACGAACCCAUCUGCGAAGGUAACGAGCCGAAUACGGUUUGA